AAAAAAGACGUAAAGUGUCUUCUCAAAAAGAUCCACCCACUUCGCUUCACCGCGAACUGUUCCAGUCUCUUUUUGAAGAAGUUUAAAAUUAUGUGGUCAACUAUUUUCUUUGUAUUUUCAACAUUUGUUUUAAUUGUGGAUUCAGGAAGUGUUGGAUUAUGCCGAACCGAGUGCAUUGAGCAAAAUUCUCGAAAAAUCGUUCGAGUACACUUGAAAGAUCAAUUGGUGAUGGCUGGAUUGUGCAAUAAUAACACACAACAAACUGGAUCAAUUGUCACACCAUACGUCUGUCACAGAAAUAUCGGAUUGUGGACUUUGGAUGAAUUGGACGAGGAAGGAACCGUCAAAUUUGAAACACUUUGCCCCACACCUGAACAGUAUCCUUUGGAGCUCCGUGCUACAUGCCCACGAGUUGAUGCCCAACACGAUGACACCCCGAAUGAAAUGGACAUUGACGAUUAUCCAAACUCUGGAGAUACCCCGCUAUCAGUGGUUUAAUAUUUCUAACAUUAUAUAACCAUUUAUUAUGUACUAUAUAUAGAAAGAAAAGGACAGAAAGAAGAAUAAAUAAUAAGAAUUCAAU